AUGGGGAAGACGGGGCGCAUCCGCCAGGCAGACCAUCCUGCGCUGACCCCACCUCUGUCCCUACAAAUAUCCGACAGCAACUACUCAAGCUUGUCGGCGCUGGACAGGGAGGAGCUACUAGCUCCUCGUCUCCUCCAUGUCGUUAUCCACAAAAAUUCCCCAAAUCACACCGCACCCCGCGUGAAGACCAAGACGACCCGCUGCCGCACCUCGCCGCCGGUGGCUCCCAAAGAGCGCCAUUUCAGCGGAGCGCCCUCGCCCCUCUACUUGCUGCUCGAGCUGCACGGGCGCCUGCUUCCCCGGCGGCGGUUCCGCAACAGCGUGCUGUCGAAGCACAGCGGCAGUCCCUUCCCCCGCUGCUCCCAUGGCGCGGCUUCUUCCUCCAGCCGUUCGGCGGGGGCCCAGGCGGUGCUGGAGGAUGCACGCGGCGUCGGGGACAAGUCUAGAGGGGUCGCGCGAGAGGAGAAGGAUUGGGUCUCGGUGGUUCUUCAGGAGGCGCGUGCAAAGCGGAACGCGCGAGAAUACUGCAGGGGGUCGGCUGGAUCGAUGCUUUGGGAGUUGGAGCCAAGCCGGGGGCACUGGCAAGUCUAAACUCUGCACCUUCGUCAGGUGAUGGAUAGACUGCAAACUCUGAGCACAAUUGGUGAUGGGACGGUGGCCAGUUGGGGAUAGGUUGGGGACGAGCGACGUUGUCCCCGUCGUCGACGAGCAAAUGUGAUGCCUGUGGUAGAAGACUGGAGGUAAGAGGGGGAGGCGGAGGCGCGGUGUGGUAGCCGGUGCGAUGCGGCGGCGCUGUAACGCCUCGUAUGAUAUGGUGGCCGGAUGGAUCCGCGUGAGGUGGUACAGGGGAGUGGAUGCACUUACUUGCAAUUGGCAACAAACAGCCGGAACCGAUAUGUGUCGUGCUUCAGCUAUCAUCGCCCUGCUUCUCCCCGCCGCGAAGCGCCGCCAGCUAGAACCGAGAAGACGAUCAGAUCGAGUCACAUAUGCCCCGGGAAGAAAUAACUAACCUACAGAUAUAGUCUCCCU